AUGUCGUCCUUCUUGCUNUUUUGCAUCGCCCAGCUACCAACCUCGCACAACUUCUUCUCUUUUGUUCGUGACUCAACUCAGACGACAUUUGAUCCAUUCUGCACUUCACCACCGAUCGGUCCAUUCACUAGCGACUUCCAGGAUCGGGAACAAAUACGCCAUUUCGUCGUCACUCGAAUCGACGACCCUCCAUCAGGAAGCGACUUGGAGGCAUGCCAGUACGCACUGCUCGAUGAGCGCAGUAUCACAGACCAGACAGUUGUUUUGGCGCACUCGUACUCGAGCCUCAGCAUGCGCGACCCGGAAACCAUGACCGAAGACGAGUUGGUCCAGUGGGAAAUUGACUGCGAUGAAGACAAUCCAGACGACUCUUGGCGUGAAUGGCGAGUCAGGUUUGAUGACGCAGAUUCUCUUUCAACCCAUUUGUGCUUUGAGAGCGAUUUCACAGUCAAGCUUUACAAUGAUGAUUUCGUAGCGGCGCAUACUGAUGCGGACGGCGUGCUGCAGCUCAAGUCUGCCUUGAAGGCAUAUGAGGAUGCUUUCUCCGAUGACUAG